AUGCCUAUUCAGACCGUUGAUGCUACACCACCGCAAGUGCUGUCCAAUGUGUCCACUCCACAUGCUCAACAUCCAUCGACUGCCAGCGGAAGUAAUACUUCCGGAUCAGUGGUACAGCAGAUACUUAACGCUCCAUCUGCUAGACAAACGCCGACGCCACAAAAUCAACAACAUCAGCAGCAGCAUUCGAACUCACAUCCUCGUCAGCGACCAAUCCAACCGAAAACGCAUAAUAAUGGGAGAAAGCGUGCUUCAGGUAACAGUUUCGACUAA